UCUAUUCUAUGCACGAUUGCGGCAACUGAUUGAAGCUGUCUUGACUUCUUGUAAUACUGUAUCUGUUGCAAUUCUUAUCAUCAGUCAGUAGUUUGGCCGUGCAUGCUUUUGAUACAUGCGCAAUACAGCUACUCAUGCGGCAUCGAGGUGACAUUUUGAUAAAGCGGUAGCGCGCAUGCUCGGCCAAAACCCCAGGCCUUAAGUUGCAUCACCGCAAGUAAUGGAGGAAUUUUCCGUGGGCGAUAUUGUGGACGUGAAGGGCUACGGGCGGGCGGAGGUCAUCGAGCCCCUAUGCACAGACGAAGGCUCGCAGUUCCAUGGCCGGUAUCGCGUGCGCUACCAGCAGAAUGGUGCAACAUACUACGCUCGGUCAGACGUGCUGAGGCGGACAGCGACUCAGGUGAAGCAGCGCGUAUUGCUGUGCCACUCCACUACCCACUACCGCACUUGCGCCGCCUCGGUCAUCAACUACAAUGAUGCCGUGCUGGAGGUGGGCUCGCACGAGGGCGAGUGCACGUGGCUCAUGAGCCGCCGCUGCCGCUACAUCGUGGGCGUGGACAAGUCGGAGGUGACCAUCGAGGCGGCCAGAAAGCGCUACCCGGGGCUGCGAUUCGAGGCGGUGGACGGCUUCGAUGUGGCCGCGCUCAAGGCGCUAGGGCCGCCCGAGGGCUUCGCCGUCGUGCUGGUGGACAUCGGGGGCAUUGCAUCGCUGCCCACUGUGGCGGCGCUGGUGGGGCUGUACUACAAGGAGUUCCCCUGGAACACCAAGAUUGUGGUCAAGAGCGUGUUCCUGAAGCGCAUGAUGGAAGACUGCCUUCCCUACAACCCGGCGCCGUCCAACCCCUGGCAGUGGACCACCGGUACCCCUGUCAUUGCCGGCGCGCCGGGCUCGGCCGGUGCGACGGCGGCGUCGCCAGCAGCGGAGCCUGGCCGGGGUACUCAGGGGCCAGGCGAAGGGGCGGAGUCGGGACCGAGCGGCAGUGGGGCAGCUGGGAGGGAGGAGCUAGUGUUCAAUGGGCCGCGGCGGAACGGCAAAAGCCGGGACUCGCGACGUGCCGCGGUCUCGGCAUCGGCAUCCGCAGCGGCAGCAGCGGCGGCAGCGGCGGCGGCAACGGGCGGCGGAGGAGCGGGUGAGGGCCAAGGGCGUGGCGGGCGCGGGCAAGGCGCGCGGGGGCGGGGUGGGAGAGGCGGAGGGCGCGGCGAUGCUGUUGGCGACGCGAAUCCGGUGACAGAGCCGGUUGCUGCUGGCGCACCCGGUGGCGCUGCAGCGGGUGACGCGUAGUGUGGUUGGAUAUCGCAGUGCUGACCUGGCUGAAGCACAGCAAGGUGCAGGUCUGCUAGAGUUGUGUGAGUAGAAAGCUGAGAGACAAGGAGUGGCCCCAGCGCCUGAGUUCGUGCAUGGAUAGUUACAUGAUGACUAUACACAAACACAAACUUUGCGUCAUAUCGUAUGCGUCAAGUCGUAUACGUUGUAAAGCUCGGCCAAU